AUCAGCACCACGCCUCCACCUCUUGAGUCGCGAAUGAUGCAGAUACCCCGGAUCCUCGCCGCGUAACUCGUACGGACGUAAAUGCAGUAUGAUGUGCACCUACCGAGGCACCGACGAUGAGGAUUGAUUACAAUGUCAUGUCUACUUAGGCUUUACAGUUGCCUGUACUGUCAGCCGCAAGCUGCUACUCUAUCUACGCGACGACACCUUUGCAAUUAACUGUAUCCUUGUCUCCACCAUGUCCAAGUCCAACAAACAAGUCGCGCUCGUCGUUGGCGCGUCUCGGGGUAUCGGUCGGCAAAUCGCCAUCGACCUCGCAAAAGAUGGCUACGCAGUCGUCGUAGCAGCGAAAUCCACGUCCGAUGCUUCCAAGUGUUCUCCCUUUCCACCCGACCCAAACUCCUCGGCGUCCACCAUCUCUACGGUUUGUCGCGAGAUCCAUGAGUCAGGCGGCGAAGCCACAGCCAUCACCGUUGACACACGAGACUUCACAAGCAUUCAACGUAUGGUGGCCGAGACAAUAGAGAAACACCGCCGUCUUGAUGUAUUAAUAUACAACAGCGGCGCAAUAUGGUGGGCAAGCGUGGCCAAAACGCCUAUGAAGCGCUUCCAGCUCAUGCAACGUGUGAAUGUAGAGGGCUUAUAUGGCGUCAUACAAGCCUGUCUCCCGCACUUUGAACAAAGUGGUGGAAACUGGAAGGGUCGUAUUAUCAUCGUCAGCCCACCGAUAUACUCGCGCUUCUUCCGCGGCAAGACGGCGUAUGCAAUGGGCAAGGUGGGCAUGUCUGUUCUUACCAAGGGACUGGCAAUGGAUUUCCAGAGAGAGGGCAAAAUUGACAUGGCAGUUACGAGCAUCUGGCCUGCAACGGCUGUUCAGAGUGCUGCAACGCAGAAUAUAGGAGGUGAAGAUGCUAAGGAUCUCAGGACUGCGCAUAUCUUCUCGGACGCAGUGUUACAGAUGAUCAAGGCGCCUGUGGAAGAGGUCAAUGGCGAGUUGCUGCUUGAUGAGGACUUUCUAAGGACGAAGGGUGUUAGCGAUUUUGACAAGUACAAUUUGGUGGAAGGGAGUAAACCAAGGAGAAUUAUGCCGACAGAGUUUCCGAACUUGCGGGUCAAGGAGCACGAUGACGAGGGCAGAAGGGUUGAUAGUACGAAGUUUAGAGCCUCGAAGUUAUAAUUCUGAGAAAGUUGGUCUCUGGAUUGAUACGUUGAUGCAUAAAGUUUUGGGUCCUUCAGCGGAAUGUGACAUUUUACUUCCCGAAUGGAUUAUGAUCCAGACUUAGCCAUGCAGGGCCAAUAAUCUCAGGCGGUACCGCCUUCUUCCUGUCCAACUGCAUCAAGACCUUGAGCG